CGUCAUUACGUCAGGCCGGCGGCCGGCGAGCGCGCGGAACAUGUGGGGAAUGUCCUUGCUGCUACUGGCGACUGGAGCAGUCAGUGUGGCGGUGUCCGGCGGGUCUGCGGGCCGGGGCCGGGCGGGAGAAUGCAGUGAGGAUGAACUCCUGUGUUUGAAUGGGCGCUGUGUUUCUCUGCUGAUGCUGUGUAAUGGAAGAGACGACUGUGAUGACUGGAGUGAUGAGCAGAAUUGUACUAUAUCAGAAUGUGGACAUUAUGAGUUCCAGUGCAAUAAUUCCUCAAUCUGUAUCUCCAAGUACUUGCUGUGUGACGAUCACCAGGAUUGUCCUGCAGGGGAUGAUGAAUCUGAUGAUCUCUGCAAGGACACAGCAGUGCAGCUUGGAAACUGUGGGGAGUUUGAGUUACAGUGUAAUACUGGACAGUGUAUAGGGCUUCAGUCAGUCUGUGACAACUUUCCUGAUUGCACCGAUGGUACUGAUGAGGCAAACUGCGAUCGGAAUGAGUGUUUGGAAGAAAAUGGCAAGUGUUCUGAUUAUUGCUGGGACCUUCCUUUGGGUUAUGAAUGUGCUUGUCCAUCUGGAUUGGAGCUGAUAAAUCACUUCACCUGUGUAGGAGAGGAGCCAUUUGUGAUUUUCACCAAUCAUGGUGACAUCAGGAAGCUGAGUAUUAAUAAAAUGGAAUACGAAGAAUUAGCUGACAAUUUGGAAAAUGCAGAAACAUUAGCCACUGAUGUAGCUUCAUCAACAAUCUAUUGGUCAGAUGCAACCAAUCAGGGAAUUUUCAGCAAAUCUGUGGACCGAGAAAGCAAACAGAUCAUCGGAGAUGUGCAAAGAACUGGUGGGAUUGCUGUGGAUUGGAUAUAUGGCCACAUUUACUGGACUGAACCUGAAGUCAGGAAGCUAUCUUUUGCUACUCUGGAUGGAUUGAGAAGGAAAACAUUAUUCAGUGGGAAUCUAGUAGAGCCUGCAGCUGUGGUGGUUGACCCAUACUCGGGUGUCUUGUACUGGGCCGAUGUGGGAAAACCAGCAAAAAUUGAAAGGGCUGGAAUGGAUGGAUCUGGCCGAAGCACUCUGGUCAGGAUUGGGAUUGAGAAACCUACAGGGCUUUCACUGGACUUUAUAAAGAAUCGUCUGUACUGGGUGGAUGCUGGACUGCAUGAAGUAUUUUACUCAGAACUGAAUGGGUAUCAUCAAAGAAGUGUUCUUCAUUCCAAAAAGUACCUGACAAAUCCAUUUGGGCUGGCAGUGUUUGAGAACCGUAUCUACUGGUCUGAUGAGGAAAGCAGGGCUCUUUACAGUGCUGAGAAGUUUACGGGAGCUAAUGUGACAAUGCUGGCACAAAAUCUCACACAGCCACGGGACUUAGUCAUCUUUCACAAACUGAUGCAGCCGACUGGGAAGAACUGGUGUAUUGAAGAUCAUGCAGACUGUGAGUUCCUUUGUGUGCCAGCAGCUCAUAUUCCUCAGCACUAUGCAUGCCUUUGCCCAGACAACCUGAAACCUGACGAGACUGGACAUGGAUGUAGAGUGGAGGUGAAUUGGAGUCCAUCCCAGGAGGAGGGAGCGGAUUCCGGUGUGUCCCAGGAGGAGGGAGCGGAUUCCGGUGUGUCCCAGGAGGAGGGAGCGGAUUCCGGCGUGUCCCAGGAGGAGGGAGCGGAUUCCGGCGUGUCCCAGGAGGAGGGAGCGGAUUCCGGCAUGACCCAGGAGGAGGGAGCGGAUUCCGGCGUGUCCCAGGAGGAGGGAGCGGAUUCCAGCAUGACCCAGGAGGAGGGAGCAGAUUCCAGCAUGACCCAGGAGGAGGGAGCGGAUUCCGGCGUGACCCAGGAGGAGGGAGUGGAUUCCGGCGUGUCCCAGGAGGAGGGAGUGGAUUCCGGCGUGUCCCAGGAGGAGGGAGUGGAUUCCGGCGUGUCCCAGGAGGAGAAAUCCAAUGGAGCUGAUCUGAGCAAUUUUGAUGCAGUAUCUGUUGGGAUUAUUGCAGCGAUAGUGUUCCUGACUGCAACUGUUGUGAGUUGUGUCACUGUCCAUUGGAGAAUGAUUUUUAGUCGUAUCAAGAAAUCACGCUGCUAUUCCCCAGUCCGCCUCCCUGCUGACAGUUUACUGAUCUACAGCGGACAAUCCACUGAGACUAUUUCGCAGCACUCUUUAUUGUGAGGAUGAAGAGGGACACAUCGUUAAGGACAGGACUUGCAUUUUUGUCAGCAAUCCCGUGGUAGGAGGCAUUGCUCAUGUGACUGGAUACGCUGGAGAUCAUUGAACUGUUAAUGUUAGUGCUCAGGGUAUUGAUGAAGUAUUUAUUUAUAAUGUUCUGAUAUUAUUGUGGGAUUUAAUUUGGUGCACAGCAAGGGAAUGUGUCAAAAAAGCCUUUCAUCAAUGCUCCAUUAGAAACCAUGAUACCCAUUUAUCCGAUCCAUCAAUAAGGCCAAAAUCAGGCACUGUAAUUAAACACUCAAUGAGCCUUCCAACUGCACUGAACAAUAUUAAUGUAACUAUAAGAAGCUGCUUGGAUACAUUCUCUCAGUGUUAAUCCCGUAGAUUUCUGUGCAAAUGUCAUGUGAAAAUAAAUUUGCUGUUGAAUCUGUGAGCCAAGAACAGAGUUCCCAUGAUUUUCUUUUUUUUGUUUUUGUAUUCCUUUUAUUUAUGUUCCCCUUGUAUACUUGUGGUCCCUCCUGUCCUUAUUUCUGAGUGAGGUAUCCUUCUCACCGGCCUCGUUCUCACAGUGUUGGUGAAGAUCUACUACAGUAGUUUGGUUGUGCAGAUGGUCCCUUACCCAUAUUUCCUGGAAGGUUCAAGAUAAAAGCUGAAAUACAAAUCAGAUCAUAGAUUUAAGAUGCACAUCCUCAGUUGUUCAGACCUUACACAGUUUGAAAUAGCUGGAACUCGGAAAAGAAACAAGGUAGUGGCUGUCUAGUGCUGUCAGAAUAUUGCAAAUAGUUAAAAUUUUGUGCCAAGUUUUGCUGCUGAUAUUUGGAAGACUGUCUGAAAUAGUGUGCAUUAUGUGGAAACACACAUUAACGUAACUUCAGUAAGGUAGCGAACAAGUAAACAUUUCCAGAUCUAAUCUUCAACUGAAAAAUAAGCUGUUAAUUGGAGCAGAAUCAACUGAAAAAGUAAAUGUUGCAAGAAAUACUGACUUUCACCUUGCUUAAAAGUGGCGGUUAUGUUCUGUGAUCCAAAAGUCACCUUGAAGAUAAAGCAUUUUCAAUUGAAAUGACCUUCAAUCAUCACACAAUCUGGUAUGUGAACCAUGCAUCUAUUUUUAUAAACUUUGUUGUAAUUUUGUUCUGCAAAAUUAAUACAGGUCGACUUCACUAAUCUGACUACCUGUUAUCUGGUUCCUUCGAUAAUCCGCACUGAUUUCAAAUUUUCCAGGCCACCGUACCAAUCUGCUGUGCAUUAUUUUGGUUGCACUAGAUCUGUACACGUUGGCGUGCUCUUGUAAGCACAGAAGGCGACUCCUGCUUGUUUUCCUGCAUUUAUUAAUAUCAUUUGCAUGAGGCACGGCUGUCUGGCACCCGCCAGCGGUGGGGGAGCUGGCGUGCGUUGGGUCGGUUGGUCCGCCUUCUCGCCCGCCUGCCGGCAGUCGUGCACUGCCCUCUGGCAUCACCCGGCCGGCACUCUGUUCUCUUCUGCCUACAACCUCAGAUCAGAUGUGGUGACCCGCUGAAUUUAAGCAUAUUACGAAGUGGAGGAAAAUAAACUAAUGAGGAUUUCCUCAGUAACUGAAAGUGCAAUGUAGUCUUUGAGUUAACUGCAAGUCUGAGUCUUUGCUAUUGCUUAGCUCACGCUUGAGUGCUGGUAGUGGGUGCGCUUUAUUUUUUGCCGGGGGGGGGGCUUUGGGGUUCUAACAUUUAAUUGUCAUUCAUUCUUUGGGGGCACUCCUCUGUUUUCACAGAUGGUUGCGAAGAAAAAGCAUUUCAGGAUGUAUAUUGUAUAUAUUUCUCUGACAUUAAAUGAACCUUUGAACCCUUAGAUAUUUUAAAGGUAUGAUGAGGCGGUUAGCUAUUGCUUAAUGUGAUCCUUCUGUAAUCCGGCAUUUUCACUAAUCCGGUACUCCUCAGGUCCUACUGGUGCCGAAUUAUAGAAGGUCAACCUGUACUGCCUUUGGAUUAAUACUUUAUCAAAAGCCUGACAAGUGAUUAAUAACAUAUUGUGAAAUAUUUUGUGCUAAACUUUUGCUUGUCACCUUUGUGCUAUUUAUUUGCACAUUACUGAAGGGUAAUCAAAUAUCCAAUAGUGAUUGCAGUUGAUGGAAUUGUUAGAUGUGGUUGAAAGACUAAUUCUCGGAUCCCUGUAUUGAAUAGUGAUACUUGUAUUAAUACUGAUACUAGUCCAUAACGGCCUUUACGUCUUUUGACUGGAAUAAAGGCUGCAAUAUAAUCACUCAUUGGCCAAAUUCACUCCACAGCACAAAUAGCUGUCCUUGGCAAAGGAGCAGCUAUAUCAAGAAUCAUUUCUGCCACAGAUGAUUAGUGAAUAUGCAAUUCAUUUACAAUCUAGAUUUCAAAUUAUCCCAUACGAGGUACAUAUGAGAACCAUUAUGGCAGGGUCAAGUGACAUCUUGCUGUUUUCCUCAAUUUGACUGCACAAGGUUCUCAUUCAGUAAUCCUGGGCAAAUGCUAAAGCAAAUGACUCAUUUGCUAGGAGUCAGUUUGCUAGAUUGAGUUUUUAUUCUCAAGCUAUAAUUAUUUUGUACAAUGCUAAGUUAUUAGUAAAGUGUUUGUGUGUUUAAGCUAUUGACCAACAUUCUGUUGGUCCAUAGUGCCACUGGAACUGUUGUUGGGAUGCAGGCACCUGAACUGGAACCUAGUUUACCAAUAGCUAGUCACCAUGUUUGCUCCCUGUUCAUUGCACUACACAGGUUAGAUUUUAACUGCUUUUCUAAUCGGGGCAGUUUGAUUUCUGAUGGAAAAGAUGACUGGCCCAAGCUGCCAGCUUGACUCGGGGACAUUGUAGCCAAAAUCCAUGCUAACAUUCCCAUGAUCAGCUCCUACAGCACAUUCUCGUUGUCUCUGAGCAGUUAGAAUUGCUAUUGCUGCAUCACUAUUAUUCCCAUUAAAUUCAUAAAUAUUCGAUUUACAAGCAACUACAGGAGUUAAAAAGAACUGAAUGUUGAAACUAACAUUUUCACUGAAACGUGUGAAACAAUAAUUUAGAAUAAUUGCGAAUCAAAUUUCAGCACAAGUUUGUGUUAAGUAAGAUUUUUUAAAAUCGAUAAAUUUAUCUAUUUUCAUUGUUCUCAGCUGUGUCCUGUUACACUGUCAAUUGACUUUAAAAUGUUGGCAAUAUUAAAUAAAAGACUUAUGUUAAAAUCAAAAUAUGCCACUGGGUUCAAUAAAAUCUCACGAAUCAU